UCUCUCCCCCUCCCGGGGCCGCGGCAGGGAGCUGGCGCCUCUUACCCUUUAUGCCCCGGGCCCACAGCGGGCAGUGGGCGCCCGGGGUCCGGCGCAGGCCCUGCCCCCACGCUGUGGUCGGUGCCGGCUGGCCUGGACACCUUGCUGUCGUCAUCCUCUGCCUUCCUGGGUUGGGCAGGGAGGAGAGAGCCCCUUUCCAGCCAGCGCUUGGGAUGGGAGUGAACCUGGCUCCUUUUCUCAAGCGAGGCGGUUCUCGUCCCGUCAACGGGGCCACGAAAGGGUGUGUGACCAGGGCAUUGAUGGCCAUAGGGAUGUCAGCUGUUGAGUGGAAUGUCAUGGCCAGCUCCUCAGACAGUGAAGAUGACAGUUUCAUGGCUGUGGACCAAGAAGAAACUGUGCUGGAAGGAACAAUGGAGCAAGAUGAGGCGCCUCACCCAAUAUUGGAGGUUGAGGAGAUUAGACAUAAUAGGUCCAUGUCUGAGCUGCCAGAAGAAGUUUUGGAAUAUAUCCUGUCCUCUUCACCGGACCAGGAACACAAAACGGCAGCCCUUGUCUGCAAACAGUGGUAUCGACUGAUCAAAGGUGUAGCCCACCAGUGUUAUCAUGGUUUCAUAAAGGCCGUCCAGGAAGGAAACAUCCAGUGGGAGAGUCGGACGUACCCUUAUCCUGGAACCCCGAUCACUCAGCGGUUCUCACACAGUGCGUGUUAUUAUGAUGCCAACCAGUCUAUGUAUGUGUUUGGAGGCUGUACCCAAAGCAGCUGCAAUGCUGCCUUCAAUGACCUCUGGAGACUUGACCUGAAUAGCAAGGAGUGGAUCCGACCUUUGGCUUCAGGGUCCUAUCCUUCCCCCAAAGCGGGAGCAACUCUGGUCGUGUACAAGGACCUGUUGGUGCUGUUUGGUGGCUGGACGAGGCCAAGCCCGUAUCCCCUGCACCAACCAGAGAGAUUCUUUGAUGAAAUACACACUUACUCACCCUCUAAAAACUGGUGGAACUGCAUUGUGACCACCCAUGGGCCACCUCCCAUGGCUGGCCAUUCCUCCUGUGUGAUAGAUGAUAAAAUGAUUGUCUUUGGUGGGUCCUUAGGAUCCCGACAAAUGAGCAAUGAUGUCUGGGUCCUUGACCUCGAGCAGUGGGUGUGGUCCAAGCCAAACAUCUCUGGUCCCAGCCCUCAUCCUCGAGGUGGCCAAUCUCAGAUUGUCAUAGAUGAUGCAACUAUCUUAAUCCUUGGAGGGUGUGGCGGUCCCAAUGCUCUGUUCAAGGAUGCUUGGUUGUUGCACAUGCACUCAGGGCCCUGGGCCUGGCAGCCACUCAAGGUAGAAAAUGAAGAUCAUGGGGCCCCAGAACUGUGGUGCCAUCCAGCUUGCCGGGUGGGCCAGUGUGUGGUGGUCUUCAGCCAGGCUCCCAGUGGGAGAGCCCCACUCAGUCCCAGUUUGAACUCUCGCCCAUCACCUAUCAGUGCCACUCCUCCAGCCCUGGUUCCCGAAACCCGAGAGUACCGUUCUCAGUCUCCAGUAAGGAGUAUGGAUGAAGCUCCGUGUGUUAACGGCCGCUGGGGAACACUGAGACCCAGAGCUCAAAGGCAGACCCCCUCCAGUUCCCGGGAGGGGAGCCUUUCCCCAGCCAGAGGAGAUGGCUCUCCCAUCCUCAAUGGUGGGAGUUUAUCUCCAGGCACAGCAGCUGUAGGUGGCUCUUCCUUGGACAGCCCUGUACAGGCCAUAUCUCCCAGCACUCCUUCUACCACUGAAGGAUAUGACCUAAAAAUGGGACUUUCUUUGGCCCCUCGACGAGGGUCACUACCAGAUCAGAAAGAUCUGAGAUUAGGAUCAAUAGAUCUGAAUUGGGAUCUGAAACCCACUUCCAAUAGCAAUCACCUGGAUGGCGUGGACAACAGGACAGUGGGGGGAAGCAUGCGACACCUUCCUGAACAGACGAAUGGUGUGCAUACCCCACCACACGUGGCCAGUGCCCUCACAGGAGCCGUCUCCCCUGGUGCCCUGCGUCGGAGCCUAGAAGCCAUCAAAGCGAUGUCAUCCAAAGGCCCCUCGGCCUCCGCAGCACUGAGCCCUCCCCUGGGGUCUUCUCCAGGCUCCCCCGGGAGCCAGAACCUGAGCAGUGGAGAAACGGCGCCCGUGCCGCGGCCAGGGCCUGCCCAAGGAGAUGGACAUUCCUUACCUCCCAUUGCCCGUCGCCUGGGCCACCACCCUCCACAGUCCCUAAAUGUUGGCAAACCCUUGUACCAGAGUAUGAACUGUAAGCCCAUGCAGAUGUACGUGCUGGACAUUAAAGACACCAAGGAGAAGGGCCGGGUCAAAUGGAAAGUGUUUAAUAGCAGUUCUGUGGUGGGGCCUCCUGAAACCAGCCUGCAUACAGUGGUCCAAGGCAGGGGCGAACUCAUCAUAUUUGGAGGACUCAUGGACAAGAAACAGAAUGUGAAGUACUAUCCAAAAACAAAUGCCUUGUACUUUGUGCGAGCAAAGAGAUAAUAUGUUCUAAACCCCUUUCCCUUUCUGUGGCUUUUAAUUUGGAAUUUUCCAGCGUGCAAGCAUUUGGACUGAGAAUUGGGAAAACAAAGGACAGAAAUACUCCCAUAAACCAAAACCCCAAUUCCCAACCUCACGUACUCCAGAUCAAAUCUCCAUUAAGAAAAAAAUUAUAUAUAAAUAUAUAUUAUAUAGCCAACUCUGUUUACAAAGAGGGAGAGAUCUCCGUCCUGGUUCAGAUAAAACUGUUGCUGUGUUUUAGCAGAGGGUGUGCUGCCUUUUUCUACUUUGCUGGUAACUAGACCAAGAAUUUAGGGAACAGAUUAAUAUCAGAUCUUUCCUAAAGAAACUGAAGAGCCCUCUGUAAAUCUCUAUGUGGCCUUCUCAGAGUCAGAAAAGGAAAGGGCGUGUGUAAGGUGCACAAGUGGGGGCUUCAGGUGUUGGCAGGAAAAGUGACCGAUAGAAAACUGUUCUUCCCCUUCUCUCAAAACCCAGAGGACCUGUGAGAACUUCUCUUUGCUAUAACGCUGUAUGCCUGGCCCCAUUCUGCCCUUGGUGACUGAAGACAGUUCCCCAGCAAGGGGUUUUGUUCCACAUUUGUGUGCCAGGAUCAUCGUGACAGUGUGUCUGCAGUGACACUUGUCCACCUAGUGUCCGUUGGUCUUUUGAGUGCUCCCUCCAUGUCUCAGAAAACAUUUUGGUAUCUGUGGAAUUUUCUGACAGUUGUACUUCGUUGAAUAUUGCCCAAAACCACAUUUGUUCUCCUUUUUCUUUUAAAAUUUGAUCUUCAGAGGCUGCCUUUCUUUUCUUUCCUUCUUCCCUUUUUUUUCCUUACAUAUGCAGAUUUUUUUAAAGCCCUAAAACCUUUCUCAUUUUUUGUUUCUUUUACAAAGCUCAGGGGCCCAGAGAAAUCUCUUAGAAAUAUUUCUGGAACACUUUUCUCUGGUGUCACUAAGGGGCCCAUAGGGAAUUCCAAGAUGCCAGUAUCAUGAGAAAUCCUUGAAGCAUCAAAAGAUACUGAUUUUUUCCUUAUGGGCUUCUUUUUACUUCCAAAGCACAUUGGACACACCCAUCCAUAUUUGUAAAAUGUGGAAAUUGAUCCUGAGAAGGAAUCCCAGUAACAAAUCUUUCUAGAAAUUAUUUUUGCCUUUGUUGUGACCUGCGUUUUUCUGCCUGGUUAUUAACAGGUGAUUGGGUAGAGUAUCAUGUGCUUGGCCUCUGUGGUGCAUGGCUGACCUUGGCAGCAGCUCCUGCAUUCUGAUUGUCUUAUUCACGUGUCACCCAAACAAGGCUUGGGUUUUUAUUUUCACUCAUUUCUGAGAUAAGAUGUAACCAACUAGAGCAUUUCUUUGGUUGAUACAGGAAGUUACAAGUUACCAGUCUCUAAAACCACGGCCUGGACACAUUGCAACCACUUAAAUGUGGGUUUUUGGUGAUUUCUCAUCAAUGGAAAGAGGAUUUUUUUUAUUUUGCCUUUAGGAUUUAAAUUUCAAAACAUUCCAUUUCCCAUCCCCACACUCCCCUUUUUCUUGUUAGCAUUUCCCAAGCACAAGCCUGCUGCAGCUGGCUCUGGGUCCUGGCUUUCAGCCAGCACUCAGCAGUCUGUCUGAGAAGUAUGUUUUGUCCUGUUACAUCAUGUUGAAUCCUUUCCCCUAGCCAUUAGCUUUUACAAUGUGGUCUUAGUGGGAAAGCCCCCCUGGGCCAGGAAAGGGCCAGCUCCCAGGGAGGCAGGGAAGGGUAUGAGUUCCAGAAACUGCUCUGUGUGCUCCCUUGGAUGAAGGAACCACCAUGUGCUUACUUCUGUGGUGUCCAACUGCUCAUAGCUCAGCACUUAGCUUUCCAGACUCCCCACUCCGGGGCUGCUGCCAGUCCUUUGGCAAAGACUGUUAGAUCAUGUGCGUCCUUACAAGAGAAAGCUAGCCUGGAGCAUUAGCGGCGAUUUGGGCCUUACUGCUGUUGCCAAGCCUUGUUUGUGACACUGUGUUUGUGCAUGGACAGUGCCUCCAAACUCAGUUCCUGUUUUAACUACAAAAUAUUGGGAAGGCUGACAGUGCAGAAUCUCAACUUUGUAAUCUUUCCCUUUGUCCUGUGGCCUUCCUAAGCCAGCUGUUAACUUGAUUCCUUUACUUUCCCCAAGUAGGCAGGUAACAGGUGAUUCCUUUAGAAAGUAACCCAGCUCUUCGGGACUCCCUGGCAUCCCAGUAUUACCACACUUGGAACCAGACUGUCUGUUUACAGCUCUUUAAGAAAAACCUGCCUCGUCUGCCUGCGGUGGGGUUGGUCUUGGUGGCUCCUGCACUGUGGGACCUUGGGAGAGCGACUCAGCACAGUCCCGGCGACGGUCUCCUCUGGCUCUUGUGAAGCCGCACGUGCAGUGGGACUUCAGGUGUCUCAGCUGAGGUGACCAUUUCCACAGCCCGGGGAUGCUUCAGUCAGAUGAGAUUUAAUCACAAAUCCGGUUUUGAUAGGAUGCCAAUUUUGUCUUAAAAAUCACUGAGAAAAAUGAGACAAAAUAUGUUUUUUAAACCUUCAGGAGCGCCUAAAGCAGAUAUUUAUCAGUAUUUAAGUAUUUAGAAUACAUUUUGUUUCUACUUGAAGCUUUAACCCCUUCCCUUCCUGCAAGCGUGCCUUUGAGAGCCCCCUUGUCGUAUUGAUUUCACCGGCCACCUCGCUAACCUCAAGAGGGAAUUUUAGUCUUCUUACCUUCUUGGACAGAGCUUCCUGUUUUCUCAUUUUGCAGUCUGGGCAGCAGAGAGGGUUCUGCAUUUUCCUUCGUGUUGCCACCCUUAUUCUACACGUGGGUGGUGGGCUCCACAAUCUCCACCCCACCGCACAUUUUGGGAGCACAAAUUAGGUGUCGAACAAGCAUAAAUUUAGUUGUAAGGCAAUACUGGGCUGACUCUCCUCCCCGCCCUCUGUGGAUCGAUUUGAUUUUAAUGUUUGAGUUUUAUAUCAAGAGCUGAAACCAUGAACUGUUCUAGGAACUGUGUUGGAACUGUUUAAAAUGAAGAGGAGGAAGAAAGAAAACCAACUGAAGAAGUCUUGACUUGGGAGCGCAGAAAGCCACCAGCUGAUGGAGAACGAAGGGACGUUUCCCUUUCAUGUUAUCUUUGUGGGUUUCCUGCUUUGCUUCCUUCCUCCCCCUUCAAAGUGAUAUUCCUGGUUGGGUUGUCUGUCUGUCUGCUCCUUGUGGUGAUCCUGGCAUGGUGAUGUGCUCUGCUUUGCGUUAUCUGUGGUCUCUUACCAGCGCACAAGUCAGUGGGGAGCGUCUGAACACACCCAGCAGCCAGGAAGCUGAAGUUUGAGGCCUGGGCCCUGUGCAGCCUCCCCACAAACUGCAGAAGGCAUGUUCUGCAUGGUCACCAGUAAGUGGCUCCCUCACCAUGCUCAUUGUCCCAUGAGCGACCCUGAGGCGUUGCCUCCAUCUGUACUCUCCUUGCUCUGCUCCCCUCCCACCAACCAGGGUUCACGUCAGUGCACACCAGUGUGCCCUGGCCAAGCUGGUGCUGUGAGUGUUGUUUCCCAUACAACUCAGGGGUCCCGGGUGGCUUACCCUGAGCUGGUCAUUUUAGGCACAUAACAGUGUAGGAAUGAAAAGUGGAUUUGAUUUCAUUGAUAUUUAAAUCUCUGUCGAUUGCAUUUUUUUGUUAAUGUUUCCCUCUGAUGACUUUUUAGCAAUUUAACAAAUAAAACAAAAUGAACAGAA